AUGGUAAACUGGAAAUUCAAUACGAUAUUAAAAAAUUCAAUCUUAUAUUUUCUAGUUUCAGAACCCACUAGACUUCCCAAUAUCGGUUAUUUAGGUGGUGGGUAUGAUAUUUAUAAAGGCAAUCCAAGAGAAAUAGGUAGUGUUGAUCCUGGAUUUAGACUAGAGCCUAUUUUCAACCUUACGUUAGAUGGCGGCAUUACACCUGAUGGAAGGUAUAUACUGCCCAAAGGUGUUGUAGCAGAACUUUGUAUCUCUUGCGUUAUUGAUUUUAGCACUGAUUAUGUAAAAAACAUACAUGAUUAUAGAAAAGAAUUAGACAAAUCAAUAAGCGGAAGUGCUUCUAGUUUUUUUGGCAAAUUUAGUGCUUCACGCAGUUACAAGGAUGUUUAUAAAAAAACAGAAGAGCAAGAGAAAAAAUUCACUAUGAAUGAAGCCAAUUGUGCCUUAUAUUGCAUGAAAGGCUUGACUUUCUUACCUCGGGAAUUAUCUGACGACUUUAAAGUAGCAGUUGAAUUAUUAUCCAACAAUAGUGAUGAUCCUAUUUAUUACGAGUUUAUCAAUGCUUUCGGAACUCAUUAUGUUCAUUCUAUGAAAAUGGGAACUUCUACAAGUGCUUUUAUUAAGGCUGGCAUUGAUGUAAAGAACGGAGAAAAAAACGAAUUAGCCAAAAAAUUUGAAUCUUAUUCUGAAAAAAGUCAUAUACACUCAACAGGAGCAAGUUUGCCCUCUACUGGCGAAAUGAAAGAUUGA